GGCUAAUGGGAGAUGAACACAGUCUGGUUUCCAAUCCCCGUAUCGCUUUUCCUCCGCAGAGUCGUCAACGUCAUCUCGACGCUCGGCAUCACACAUCACUACCUGCACACCCGACCGGAGGUUGACCAGCUCGAGGGUCCCGACGCGCGCAAUGGUGGUAACAGUAAUAUAGGAGACCGAAGAGUGUCAUCGUGCUGGCGACCAUUGGACGGGAUCAGGUCGUUCGAGUGGCCUGGGUGGUUUAAUGAGGAGGCGAAAUUGACAGGAUUGGGAUCGAGGGGAACGCGUACGGUGAUGUCAGGGGACUUGUGGAGGGACAGGAUCAGCGAACGAGUUGUUCAAACGAGCAGUAUCUCUAUUUCGUGGCCCCGCUGGCGCUGGCCUACCGCAGCCCGUCUCACCACCCUCUUCAGUGAGCAGACGGAACAAAACUCACGAGACUCAGAGAGCUCCAGCAAGAUCGAAUAUCAGUCGCAUCCCAGAAAGACUCCGUCGCCGAAACCCCGCCGCCGCCCACCCCCGCGCGACAAUUCCGUAGACCCGGAGACGUUGGACACUAUUCACCGCCUGAUCGUCAGUCCUGUCCUGUAUGACCCUGUCCGCACCCCGCGCUAUCCGAUCGUAUUGUGUCACGGUCUGUACGGUUUCGACGUGCGCGGACCGUCGGCGUUUCCUGGUCUGCGAAUGAACUAUUGGUCGAGUAUCUUGCAUAUCCUCCGCAAGAUCAUUGGCGCUGAGGUGAUUGUGACUGCGGUCCCAGGAACGGGUUCUAUCGCGUCGCGUUCCGAGAAUUUGGAUCGUUUUCUUCAGCAGAAGGCUCCAGGACGCGGGCUAAAUUUUAUGGCCCACUCUAUGGGAGGUCUCGAUUGUCGGCAUCUGAUAUCUCAUAUCAAACCAACAGAAUACACGCCGCUCUCUCUGACAACUAUCGCAACACCCCAUCGCGGGAGCGUGUUCAUGGACUGGUGCACGGAGUAUCUAGGGCUGGGCAGGACGCAAGCAGAGAAGGAGCUAGUCUCGUUAGCGACCAAGUCUGCAGCCGCUUCGCUCGCAAGACGCGCCUCUGACCCCUCAAUGCAGUCCUCUUCAUCGCUCUCAAUGUCCUCUCUUUCAUCUCUACCCUCCUCGUUCACCACGCUCCUCCUAUCAAUGUUCGACUCGCCCGCGUACGCGAACCUCACGACGACAUAUUUGAACACGAUCUUCAACCCGUCCACGCCGGACGACCCGCGCGUCAAGUAUUUUAGCAUCGCGGGUCGGCAAGACAACAUGAAUGUCUGGCACCCGCUUUGGCUACCGAAAGUCAUCCUGGAUGGCGCAGAGGAGAAAGAUCGGACACGUCUGCAACGUGAGGCGCGCGCGUCUGGCGUGCUUGGCGACGACGCAUCUCCGGCACUGUGGGAUCAGGAAGAUCUGUGGGGCCAUGACGGGUUGGUAUCGGUGCAGAGCGCGCGGUGGGGCGAAUUUUUGGGCACGAUGGAGGGGUGCGAUCAUUGGCAAUUGCGGGGGGCGAGCGGGAUUGAGCUUGGGAUGGGGAUGGGAGCUGGGGCGCCGUCAACAUCGCCAUCGUCGGGGCAUGGUGGUGAGAGCUGGGGGCUCGGGGACUGGGGCCGGUUCGUAAGGGCGUGGACUCGGGCGAACAAAACACAGAAGGCGAAGGAGGAGCGAAAGGAAGGUACGGGCGGUCUGCUGCGGGAGAGUGGGUGGGAGAAGCGGGAGCAACAGAAAGAAAAGCGCGAGGCGGAAGAGGAUCGGAUUUUGAAGUCUUCGACGGAUAGGUUGUCGGUCGUGUUCGAUUGGCUGGCGAAUCAGGUCCCGACGGAUUCGAUCCCUUCGCUUGGUCUCAGGAGCAACGGCGGCGGCGGCAGCAGCAGUGCGGCGGUGCAGGAGAAGGAUGGGGGGAAGGAUGUGAAGAAGAAGAGCGAGAGGAGGAGCGAUUUGGAGUCGGAUGCAGAUUUAGAGAGGUUUUAUGUUGCGUUGACGAGGAAGUUGUAUGACGAGGGGUUGUGA